GCCAGGGAUGUCGUCCGUUUCGAUGGGGGCGCGGAGGCACUGGAGCGGACCGUGCGCGAAACUCGAUCCCGUGCCAUCGAAGCGGUGAAACCAUGGAUACAGCUCCUUGGCGACCGGCGACAGUGUCCCGAAGUCAGGAAGGCCAUGGAAGUUCUCCUGCAAGAGACGCGCGAGGAAUACGAGUCGACCCUGGAAAUGAAGACGGCCAAGGCUGAGGUGGUGCAGGAGCUGCAGGACCGAGACAGCCAGCAGGAAUGGAUGCUCCGACAGAUGGCAGAUGCUGUGGAGAUUCUAGAAGAUGCCUUGCUUUGCACAACUACUGUCCCCAUGGACCUGGAGCUUUUCUUUACAGAUGUGCUGGCGCAACCCGUUUCGGAGGAGCUCAGGACACGUGCCGUGUCCUGCUUGCGAGCGCUCGCGCGCUGCGGCGCCGCCGCGAAGCGGACCUUGAGCACCCUCGGUGUCGUGAGCGGCGACAGCGAAGCCGACGAGGCCGAGGUAUCCUUGGAGGUGACGGAUACGGAGGCCUCGAUGCCGCUCGGCAACUUUCCGCUCCGCCUCGAGCGCCCGGAGACGCAGGAGGCACAGAGUUCGCCCGACUCCGCAACGGCCGCGGCAACACCCACAUCUCCGUUGGAGGAGGAUGAGGAUGGUGCUGCAGCUGAGGAGGAUGUGGGGGAGGUCAAGGAAGUGACCGCCGCAGCCGCUUUGCUGCAGGCGCGGAGCGGUGGCUAUGACGGCAGCCUCGCCAUGGCCAGCCAGGCCGCCGCAGUGCCGCAGACGGCGGAAGCUCCAGGUCAAGGUCCGCAAGGCCACGAUAGACACCAGGCUGUUGCAGAGCCUGGAGUGUCUGCGACCUCUCCACUAGACCAGGUGUUGGACCAACUCCAUGUGAGCAACCCGAUGCGAUUGGCUCCAGCCCACAUGUACGACUAA